GACCGGAGAUGGUUUUUACUACCGGAACCGGCACCACGAACGGAAGCAAAAUGGCGACCUACUUGUAGUGAGACUGGAAAGCAUCGAGAAGAUCACCAGUAUGCCUGUGGAACUGAAAAAAAUUGACCAACAGAGACGGCCUUUGUCUACUGAUGACACUGGAAUUUUAGUUCAGACCAAGCCACGCAUUUAUGUGAAAAAUGCUGCAACUGAUGUCAUCGCAUGGCUCCGAAGUUUUACAGAUGAAUAUUGGAAAUCAAGGUGCUCAGAGGAGACAGAAGAAGAAGAGGAAGGGAAUGCAGCCACCCCCAAGUCUGGAUCCUCCAUCCAGUUCAUCAUUAGAGAUUUAGCCCUGGACCCGUCCCUGGUCUUCUUAGCCACAAAUCUGGUGGACCCUGGGGACUUCCUACAUUUUGUCUUCGACACCAUGGCUACAAGCAAGGGCGAACGCCGGACAAAGUACCCCAUGAGGGCGAUGCCAGUGCUAGGCUUGUCCACCACGAAACCUCGUGACAUGGAGGCCUUGGCCAUGCCCCUGCUGGAGGAGCUGUUGGGCGAUCAGCAGCCGCUCCGUUUCUCCAUACAGUUCUAUGGCAGCAUGGAUGCAGAGAACAUGACCCAGAAGGAGGCUGCUGCAGUUCUGCGUAGCUGCAUCUGGGCUGUGAACCCCAACUGCGUGCAGUGCCUGAAAUACCAGGACUUAGCUUUCACCAUUGACAUUGUGAAGCCAUAUUUCUGUUUAGGCUACUUGAAAGACUUUAUCAAGCUGCGGCGGUACAAAACGCUGAGUAUGAAACUUGGCCACGACUUCAGUGGGGAGGGAGAUGACAGUGAGGAUGACAUCAGUGAUGACCCCACACUGGAUGAGGUGGAAGAAAAAAAUAGAAAAAUGAGAAUAAAGCGCAAACGGGGAGCAGAGAAAGCUGGAAUCGCAGCGGAGAACGGGGAUACUAAGAAGCCUCAAGACGAUGCUGAACUUGAUGCUGAUGCUGAUGCUGACGCUGAUGCUGAUGCUGAUGCGUUGGCUGAUACUGAUGCACUUGCUGAUGCUGAGGCUGAGGUUGCAGCUGAGAAUGGGGAAGAGAAUUAAGCAAAGGUGAUGAUUUCCAUUGAAAGAAGUCGUGUAUGUGUACGAGUGUCUGGAGCUGCGUGUGUUUAAAGGUUCCCUAACAUAAUGAGACUCCCCAUCCUCAUGCAGUACUGUUCUUAAGUGGCUGAAUUGAUGCAGUUAAAGAUUGGAGUACAAAAUGUGGGUGAAAGAUUGCUGGGAAAAUGUGCCGUUUCAAUUCAAGUCAAAUUUGCAACUUUGUGGAAUUUUUUUUUUCUUCCUUGAGUGUUUAUGGCACUUUUAGUAAUUUUCAUUAGUUGAAAAACAAACAUUGAACAAGCUUCUUUGUAACGAUAAUAUUCCAGCAAUCUGGGCAGGUCCUUGAUUUCAGUAGAGAGGUAGCAGAGAGAUCUUACAGCUUUCACUCUUUUUUUUGGUUGUAGUAGUUGUUGAUUUCUUUUCCAUCAGCAGAGAAUACUCUCCUCAUAUUUCUUCUCCUCUGGUUAUGAAUUUCAUAGAAAUUUUAAUCCUUUUUUUUCAAGCUUUCAGCCUCUGUCGGGGGGGGGGGGUUGAAUGCUGUAAUUUGACAAAAACAAGAUACUUUCUGUCUCUCAUAUAUAUAUGCAUGCAUAUAUGCACACUCUCUCUUAAUCAUGUGUAUACAGACACAGCUUCUAUGCACACUCUGUACUGAUGCUUCAAGUUCUGAAGCACUGGCUCUUGAUCUACACCAACAUUAGUUAUAAGUUAAUUUUAAAUUACUGUUUACUCAUUGAGUUGACUGUUGUUUAUACUAGGCACAGUGUGGUCUUUCUUUUGUGUGAAACAGUUAACAUAACACUACUUUCAUGGUGUUUUUCCGGAUCUCUUUCUCUCUGAUCUGAUCGAAUAAGUAUGCUGUUUUUUCGUUCGAGUUGAUAUACUAUAUCAGGAUAGACUUUGAAGAAGUUCAAAUGUUCUUGGAUAGUUUUCACUUUAUUGCUUACUUGCAAUUCUUGAACUUUCUGAUGAUCACAAAUUAGCUUUUGAUUUUCAUUACGCUAUUCUUUCUGCAUGACUCAAGAAAGAUUAAUUCAUUUAAGGGAGUGCGAGUGAAGUAACAAAGAAAAAAAGUUAAUGAGAAUGAAAUAAAAGUAAGGAAAAAGGUAACACGAGCAAGUAUCCCUGCUGCCAGAUUUGUUGGUGUACUGUUGACGCUGAUCACUUCAUCAUAAUAUGCUGAGAAUGAGAGUCUCUUUUUUUUGUGUUGUGUAGUAUGUUGUUAAAUAAACAUUCUGUGUAUAGAA